CUAUAUGUAUGUGUCCAAUUAUUAUUACAAUAUAUGUAUAUAUUCUAACCCUAAUCUCCAUCUAUAAAAUCCACACCCCAACUUCACCAUUUCCAUAACUAGCUAGUACUAGUACAAUUUUUUCCUCUCUAGCUAGCUGAAAACCCAAAGCCGGUUUCUCAAUUAAUUUCUUGUCCUUAAUUUUAAUUGAGAAAUUAAUAUGGCUUAUUCCAAGGGUCAAGUGUCCACUGCCCUAAUCCUCUCCCUCAACAUAAUCUUCUUCAGCAUGGUGAGCUCCACCUAUGUCCCAGCUUGUCCACCGGUGCCCGAAAAGAGCCACAAACACCACCCCAAGACCCCAUCAACCCCAUCGACCCCGUCGGCGCCGGCGAACCCCAGCCCUAAGAAGAAGGAAAGCUGCCCUAUCAACACCCUUAAGUUAGGCGUGUGCGCCAACGUGUUGGAUGAUUUGGUUCACCUUGUUGUGGGGGUCCCACCCAAGGAACCUUGCUGCUCUCUCAUCAAUGGUCUGGCUGAUUUGGAAGCUGCUGUUUGCCUUUGCACCGCCCUUAAGGCUAAUGUUUUGGGAGUCGUCAACCUCAACAUCCCAAUCCAACUUAGCUUGCUUCUCAACUACUGUGGCACGGGCGUUCCCUCUGGCUUCCAAUGUGCUUAAUUGAUCAUCAUUGAGUACCGUACUACGUACUUACUAGUACUCUCUCUUGAUCAUCUUUGCUUUUCAUGUUUAAUUUGUUUCCUUUUUAUUGGUCAUUUCAUCACGAUGAUGAUGACGUUGUUUGAUUCCUGGGAUUGUUUUCAUUGGCUCAUUAUGCCAUCGAUAUUGAACAUCGAUGAUAUAUUGUUUCACGGGGAUCAUAUGGAAGGAUCAAUCCUCAUGAUCUUGACCUUCUUGAUCCUAGUCAUGAUUUUCUAGAUUUUGUUGUAUCAUUCUAAUAAAAAUGUGGAUUUUGAAUUCAUGUAUUGUUUGAGUUCUU